GCAGCACAUCAUUUCCCUCGGCCCUCGUUGCGCGUUCGAAGGAAUAUCGCUAUCGGCCCGCCUGCAUGGUAGCAUGCCCUUUUGGCCACCCAACAGUCACUCCGAUAGCAGGCCCACUACCGCUGGAUAACUAGCGUUCCACGUCUACAGGUGCCCUGUGCACACACGAUGCACCUUCUCAAGACCAUACGAAACACAUCGAUUAUUUCCCCACGGCCUGCAUCCUUCACUCCGUUGUCUAUUUAGCAGAUCGGAUUGCUUCCAUCUUUGGACCCUCUCGCCUGCUUGGAAGUCUCCAAGGCAACCACGCGUCGUCAGCUGACGCCACCGACAUAUCAAUACACUUCGACCCUGUGCUGGACCGCAAAAACUCCUGACUAUGGAUUUCUCAAAUAGCGCCUUUCGGACAGCACCAACUUCCAAAGUCUCAGACGACGUCAUGUCUCACGCAAACCUCGUCAUGGCGUGUAGAUGGGGGUGGACUAGUUCGCCAGAUGCAGAUGGCGGUGGCGCAAACUCACCCUCCGCCACCUCGACCCAACCCUCUUCAUCCGCCUCCACAUUCAACAAUGUACGUUCAAAACGAUUUGCGCCGUGUCAAGGGCGCCUCUACCACCAGCUCCUGUGCUCGCAUCGUAUCCGGACAGAUCUGGUCGAGGACUGUGGCGCAAACUGUGUCGAGCCCUACGGAAAUGCUGUAGGAGCUGCCUUUAUCUGUCACGAAUGCAUUCAAGGCGAGGCGGCCAAGAUAUGGGGAGAGCGCCAGGCCCAACACAACGCCUUGUACCCACGGAUGGAGCAGAUGACACAAGAGCAGUAUGACCAAUGGUACGCCGAACACCAACAGUUGGAGGCAGACUUUUCCCGUGACCAGCAAGUCUACGAGAUGGAGCUCAAGGCUAAGACGCGCCCAAGCAACAUUUGCUCUGCCAUGGAGGCCAGUAAAGAGGAGAUGGAGUUUGCAAAUGAGCUCGACUGUCUGUCACUGUCAUUGAUGGCGUCCAACACCUCGACAGCCGAUCAAGCGCCGCCUCAGAUUCAGGGCCGGACUCGCACAAGUUUGGCAACAGAUCCAGAAGAGCAGUUACAUUGGGAUCUGAACACUCUAGCGCUGGAUCGUGGAUCCUGCGGUAUCGAAUACUCUGCAUCACACCCAAGCAGCGGUGUAAAUUCUACCCGACAGCUAGAUACAGACAAGCUGUGGAGGAAACCGCGAAACUUAGACUAA